AUGGCGAAACGUAAAAGAUCCUCCCAUCCCGCUCCAGACGCCCCCCAGCAGCACAACGCCCUCUUGCCUCAGAAAAGACACUAUCGCCAGCGUGCCCACGCAAACCCUUUCUCAGACCAUGCCCUCAACUAUCCCGCCUCUCCGCAGGGUUUCGACUGGGCCGCUCUAUUUCCCUCCUACGCCACAUCCGGAAAGACUCCAGAAUUCGCUGAUGUCGGCUGCGGCUUUGGCGGUCUCUUGAUUGCUCUCGCUCCUCUGUUUCCGGACACUCUCAUGCUUGGCAUGGAGAUUCGGGUACAAGUGUCCCAGUACGUGCAAGACCGCAUAGCGGCCCUCCGUGCCACACCAGCCUCUUCUACAUCACAUCAUUUUCAAAACGUAUCAAUUGUUCGUGCCAAUUCGAUGAAAUUCACGCCAAACUACUUCCCCAAGCAUUCACUCUCCGCGCUCUUUUUCCUGUUUCCUGAUCCUCACUUCAAAUCGCGCAAACACAAAGCUCGCAUCAUCUCGCCAACUUUAUUGGCCGAGUACGCUUAUGUUUUGAGACCUGGAGGGAUUGUAUAUACCAUCACCGACGUACGUGAUUUGCAUGAAUGGAUGAAAGCUCACCUAGAUGCCUUCCCGCUCUUUGAAUACGUGAGUGAAGAAGUUCUUCGCGCGGAAGGCAAAGGUGCCAUUCUGGAUGCUGUCUACAGUAGCACAGAAGAGGGAAAGAAAGUGGAGCGGAAUCAGGGGGACAAGUGGUUGGCGUGUUUCCGAAGGAUCGAGAUUCCAAGGCUGUAA